UCUGUCUGAACACGAGACAGUGGGCGGCUAGGAAGGAAGCUGGGGCUGCUGAGACGGUAGCUGCAGCCCCCAUCGCCGCCUCCAGGGCCCGUGGGCGCGCCCCGCUUCCACACAUAACUUUUUAAAGAUCUGAGACAUUGAAGGUGUAGUGGUACUCUUUGAACAAUGGGAAGAAGCUACAUAGUAGAAGAAGCUGUUGGACAAUACCUUUUAAACUUCAACAACCAAGAAAAGGCAUUUGUCUCUGGUCUUUUGAUAGGACAGUGUUCUUCACAAAGGGAUUAUGUAGUUCUUGCCACUAGAACACCACCCAGAGAAGAGCAGAAUGAAGACAUAAGAUCUUCUCAAUCACAGCUGGAUGACCUAGAUGAAGAAUGGAUUACAGUACAUGCCAAUCAGGUAUCUAGAAUGCUACCAGGAGGCUUAUUAGUUCUUGGAAUAUUUAUUAUUACUGCUCCAGAUCUUGGGAAAGAUGUUCAGAAUGCCCUACGCAGGCUAGUGUUUGCUGUGGAAAAAUCCAUAACUAAAAAGAGGCUAUGGAAUCUCACAGAAGAUGACAUCUCAGAUCGGGUCACACUUCAUGUCUGUUCAUCUACAAAAAAAAUACUUUGUCGCACUUAUGAUAUCCGUGACCCAAAGAGUUCACCAAAACCUGCAGACUGGAAAUAUCAAAAUGGAUUAUCUGCUUCAUGGCUUUCUUUAGAUUGCACAAUUCAUGUUAACAUUCAUGUCCCACUUUCAACUACAACUGCCAGCUAUCCUCUGGAGAAAAUACAAAGAUGUUUUUCUUUUAAGAAUGGACUUGCACGCUGGGCCAAACAAAUUGAAGGUGGUGUGUAUUUGAUCAAUGGACAAAUUAAAGAGGAAGAUUGUGAACUGCUAGAAGGACAGAAAAAGUCUUCUAGAGGAAAUACUCAAACUACCAGUCAAACUUUUGAUGUCAGGGUUCUAACGCAUUUGCUCCUUAAUUCAAAUCACAGAUCUACAGCUACGGUCCAGGUCUGCAGUGGUUCUGUAAACCUCAAGGGUUCUGUGACAUGUAGAGCUUAUAUUCACAGCAACAAACCGAAGGUUAAAGAUGCCAUGCAGGCAUUAAAGAGGGAUAUACUGAACACAGUGUCUGAUCGUUGUGAAAUACUAUUUGAAGAUCUUCUUAUGCAUGAAACACCAGUCAAUAAAGAUUCUGAAAAAGAAUUCCAUGUUCUGCCACAUCGAAUAUUUGUCCCCAUUCCUGGAUCCAGUAUAAUGCUCUGUGAUUAUAAAUUUGGAGAUGAGUCGACUAGGGAAAUACAGGAACGUUUUGUGGAAUUGCUGGAUCAGCAUGUAGGAGUAGAUGAUUUAGAAAUUGCUGAGGAAAUCAACACAGCUAGUAUAAAUUCAUGUAUGAAAAGGGAAGACGUACCAGACAACACAGACGAUGAUCAACCAAAGCAUCUGGUUAAAACUACAAUGGCAUUGAGAAUUCAGCAAAACAUAGGUGUCGCGAUAGCAGCUGUGGUGGCACUCCUUGCUGCAGGCUUUUCCUUUCAUUACUUCAGUGAUUAAUCUUAGACACAAGCUGCUUUCUACUCAUUGUGGGAACACUGACCAGGGAUGAAGGGCUGAUCCUGAAGAUGCAAGCAAGACCUAGAGACUUAAAGAAUAACAGGCAGAUCUGUUUCCAUAAAUGACUAAUACUUGUACUUCUGAUUUGUCAUAAAAUCUCUAGCUACCUUGUAUAGGCAUGCCAGUACUGUAGGUGGAAGAGGUUUCCAAAAAUAAAGUGGAUUAUCGAGCUAAAAAUUUAAGUUACAUGUAAUAUAAUAUUAUUAACCAUAAAGAAUAAAAAAAAACAGGUAUAGCAACAAUGUAGUCAUGGCAGAAGGACUCCUGAGCUUGUAGUCAGAAGACUUAGGUUUGAGUCCUGCUUCUAUCACUUAUUAUCUGGGAGAGAUUUGGCAAAUCAUUUUAACUUCUCUGAAUUUUAGUUUCGUCAUUUGUAAAUGGGGAUAAUAAUACUACCUACCUCACAGGGUUGUUGUGAGGGAAUAAGGAAAUGUAUAUAAAGUGCUUUAGAUGAAAAAGCACUAUAUACAAAUGAGCCAUUAUUUAUUGUCUUUUUGAAUUGUGACACCAGUCAGGAUGUAUAAAAAUCUCAAUACCAUAGAAGGAUGCCUCAUGUUCCUUAUAGGGGAGAAUGAUUUGACAGAUCACACAAUGGAAAAGAAAGCCUACCAUGUAGGCUGACACCUUGGACCCUCUAUAGCAGACAGAUAGAAUGGUCCAAAUAAAACACAUAGGGAUCAAGAUCAUGUAGACACUCAGUAUCUCUCUUGUUAGCAUAUUGUAAUUAUCUUUUUAGACAUCACUGAUAAAAAAUUUUUCUUUAUGUGCUAUUCUAGUUACUUUGUUUAUUGUGUUUUGCUUGAGGAUUAUAGGCCUUUAAAAAUGCUAUAAUUCUUUAAUUAGAAAACUGCAUCAAUACAGUAGAAAACCAGUUGAUUUUUCUUAAUAUCAUGCUAUAAACUAAUAUUCUUACUGGUAAAAUUACGGUACAGAUAUUAAACAAUACCGAGGUGUAGUCCAUGAAUCCUCAUAUAUGUAUAUCAUAAUCCCCUAUGAGAAGAUAAUAUAAAUUACAAUAGUGUAACAUACCCCACUGGGUGAAAGGCUAUAAAGCCCUAAUGGGGACCCGGGUUACCCUGUUUCUUCCUACAGUUUUACCAGAUAUAUUAUUAAUCUUAUUUCAGUGUGUUGUUUUGGUGUCUCUUUGAAGUAUUCUGAACAAAUGCUAUUCCAUUUAUUGCAGAUAAAGAAGCUCAGGCUUAGUUUGUUAUGACCUUCAUAUUUGUCUUUAAUUUUCAUGGCCUAGACAUUUUCUUCAUUCUUGUGUUAAUACUCCAGCACUACAGAAUGCCUUGGGAAUGUUACUGAAGCAAAUAUUGAUAAAGCAUUAGCUAAUUGAACCUUAUGUACAAUAAAUUAAGCCAUGCUUUGUAAUGGACUCUGAGUCCACUAAACCAUUGCAGAAUUUGAGGCUUCACAGUCAGUCAAAAGCUCAUUUUUAGGAAUUUAAUAGGAAAAAUAUUCCUAGCCAAUUUCAGUUGCCUUGGGCGUUCAGUUUGGCAAUAAUACCUUUUGUUUGUAAGUUUGUGGAGUGGCACUUUGUGAUAAGAAUGAAAGGAGUUUAAUCUUGCAUUAGAUUCUAUUUUAGACUAAUCCAAUUUAGUUGGCUGGGUCUCUAGCUUGCCCUUGUGAUCAGAGCUCUGAAUGGGAAUAAUACUUAAGGUAUCAGGCAUAAAAGCUAAACUAAAAUUGCUUAAAUUAUUUUAGAGAAUUUUUUUUUACCUUUGAUAGUGAAUAUUUAAUGUUUUUCAUCUGUCAAGAAUACAGUUACUAGUAAGUAAUUCCUGAAUUCUGGGUCUAGUGCAGAGAGCAGUGGAUUAGGAUUUAGUAAAACUGUCUUUUAUUCCUAACUUCUGUUAACUAGAUCUAUGACCCUGGGUCAAUGACCUAGCUUCUGUGAGCAUGAGCUUCAUUACCUGUAAAGUGUGGAAAUUAAACUAGGUAAUGUGUUAGGUCCCUUCUAGCAUUAACUGUAGUUUAUAUAAUUUGUCAUUGAUUUCAGUGUCAUCAAAAAUUGCAAACUAGCCUAACUUUCUUAAUGUUUCUAAGCUUCAACUUCUUUAUAAAAUAGGGAUAAUAAUUGCAUUGCAUACCUCACAAAGUGAUUGUGAGGAUCAGUUGAUAAGAUGUGUAUGAGUGCUCUGUAACAGGAAAGCUAUAUAAAUGUAAGCUAUUCUUGAUUUGCACAGGAAUAGAGGAAAACCUUGCUUAAAUAUCUGCAUCCCUACACUUAAGAUGGUAUUGGAAUCAUCAGUUCUAUUCAUAGUCAUCUUCAAUGAAAUCUGUAUGAGGCUUAAAUAGAAGAUAUGCUUCGAGUCGAUUAUACAUGUUAAAUGAUUUGUUAGACAUUUAGUCCCAAGGCCAAAUGCAUGAGCACUUUGUCAAAUGAAAUGCUGCCUUAAAAGUUUGAUUAUCAGUAAUUUGACAAAAUUAUAAUAUUUCUGCAAGCUAAUAUUUACUUGAGUAUACCAGAUCUGUUAAACACUAUUAUGCUCUAGUUAACUAGGUUUUUGUUUUAGAUUUAGAAAGGACAUUAAUGGGAGCAUGGUACAGGUGAAAGACCACUGGAUUUGGGGUCAUAUUACCUAGAUUCAAGUUUUGACAACCAAUUACUAGUUGUGAAACCUUAGCCAAGUCACAACUUCUUUGAGCCUUGGUUUUCUUCUCAGCAAAAAGAGUCGGUUGGACUAGAUGAUCUCUAAGGCACCUUCCAAUUCUCCACUUAUGAUCCUAUGAACUAGACCUUGGUCCUUCAGUUUACAAAUACAACAGCCAUUUGCUCAAAUCCCUAUGUUCCUCAGAUGUAGACCAUUUGGUUUGCCAUAACUUGCCGUAUCUUCUAAUGAAUGCUUUUUUUUUUUUAAACAAAAGCUCUGCUUUUACGAUAUUAUUAUAAAACCAAAGUUUAAGUAAUCUUAAGAGCUAAAACAACUAUCCUUUUGGCUGGAAUACUGAACAAUGUAGAAUCUGUGUACAUGGUGAAGAAUUCCUAAGCAUUCUAACUCCUAGCAUAUUUCAGAAAUUUCAGUUGAAUUCUAUAUUACAGACAUGAGAACUGUAGUGCAUAGCACACAUAUCUACAUUUAUUACAAAACGAAUGGGUCAAAACUAAUUAUCCUACUGUGAUAGUAUUUGAAACAGCUAGAUCUUGGCAAGAUGGUGAAGUAGGUAAUAUUUUUCGUGGCUCGUAUCUCAUGAGAUGCCCAAUCCGGUUAGGAAGAUUUCUGUUCAGAAUAAUUUGACACAAUGGAUAGAGUGCCAGGCUUGGAGUCAGGAAGACCCAAGUUCACAUUCGGCCUCAGGCACUUAAUAGCUGUUUGACCCUGUGCAAGUCACUUAACCCUGUUUGCCUCAGUUUGCUCAAGGUUAAAAUGAACUGGAGAAGGAAAUGGAAAACCACUCCAGUGUCUUUGCCAAGAAAACCCCAUAUGGAGUCACAGAGAGACAGGACUCAAACAGUUGAACAACAGAACAUUUGGAACUGUCUAAAAGUGGAAUGGACUACCUCAGGGAAUAGUGUUUUGCACAUCAAUGAUGGCCUUAAUGCAGAUGACCACUUGGUUUAUUAAAGAUGGAUUUUUAAAAAAUUUGAGUAGAGCUUAAAUUAGAUGAUCUCUAAGGUCUCUUCCAAUUCUGUUCAUGAUUUUACAUUAAUAAAACUUGCAUUUUUUCCUUUUCUCA